AUGAAAACUAGGUUAAAGUAUGGAAAUUCUACUUCUCCUAAAGGGAAGAUUUCUUUGUCAAAGUAUUACACAUGUGAUAUUCAAGGCCAUGAAAAUCAGCCCAUUACAUCAAUUUGUGUUGAUAAAUUUUGUAGCAAAAAAGGAGGAGUAUGUCAUAUAUGUGUUAAAAAUUUGCAUCAAAGCCAUGAAGUAAUGAGUUAUAGGGGGUUUUUAGAUGCUAUGAGAUUACUUUAAAGAGAGUAGGCUGAUAAAGGAAAGCAUUUAAAUAGGCAUGUUAGCUAAGAAGAUUUAAAAGAUUCAUAUUAAAAGAAAUUAAUUUACAUUUCUAUCAUUGAAAAUUUAUAAAAAUUUCAGAAAGCUCUGCAAGAGUAAAUUUUUAAAUAUGAAGAAAAGUUGAAUGAAUUAUUUAGUAAGUAUAUCCCUGAUAAUUUAGUAUUUUAGCAGAAUAAGCAUUUAGCACCUAUUUCUGGCUGGAAGCCUAAUAAUUUAUAAAUUAUUUCGAAUAUGGACUAUUAAAAUAUUGCUGAACACACAAACGACCCAAAUAAACUAAUUGAUAUGAUUGAUUGCCGUAUAAUUCAAAAUCCGUAAACAGCUAAAGCAAUAUUAUAAAAGUUAACAGAAAAAUAUAUUUAAUUUACAUGCAAUAGCAAUUAGUACUCUUCACAAUCGUAGUUUAAUAAUCAAUCCUUAUAAAACGGAUUUAAUCAAAAUGGUAUUCCAUAAAAUAAUACACCAACAGUGUAGCUUACAACACUAUUUUCAAAUGAUAACCCUAAUAAUAUAAACUUGAAAAACUUAAAUACAUAAAAGUAAAUAAAAGACUUUAAAUAAUAAAUGUAAGAUAAAAGAAAUAGUUUAACAGACUUGGGAAAUUUAUAAAUCGAAAAAGAAUUAACAAGUAACGAUUAGCUUGAAAUAAGUAAUAAGUAUUUGUAUGAUAACCUCAAAACACACUUAAAAAAAAUAAAAAUAACAGUGUCUGAGUUUUUUCAGUCCAUUCUAGUUGAAAAGCCUAAUAUAUCUUCACCUUAAAAUAGUCCUCCUCGUUAACAACAAAUUGAUACAUUUAAACAAAACAGCGAGUCUUAAAGUCGUAGUAAUUCUAAAAAUACAAUAAAUCCAUAUAAAACUGGUAUGUGGAAAUUACAUCAGUAAGCUAUCAAAGAUAUAGUAAGUUUAGGAAAAGAUUUCAUAGCAAAUGCAAGCUAAGAAAAAAAUAUUAAAAUAUGGGAUCUUAAAACAGGCAAUCAAACUUGUGAAUUAGAAGGUCAUGAAAAAGAAGUAAAUUAGUUAGAUUAUUUUCCUAAAUUGGGAAUCAUUGCAAGCUGUUCGAAUGACAAGACUGUAAAACUUUGGAAAAAAGGCAGUAAUGGAAAACAAUGGAGUAAUUAUGCUACACUAAAAGGCCAUGCAGAAAGUGUCAGGAGCGUUUGUUUCUUAACGUAACAUGGUAUUUUACUUUCAGGAGGAUAUGAUAAUGUAAUAAGGAUAUGGAGUAUUCAGGCUCUCAAUUAGAUUUAGAGUUUUGAGUAAAAUCAUGUGGUAAAUUGUUUAGUAGAGCUUGAAUUCAACCACUUUCUAAGUGCUGAUGGAACAAACAUAAAUAUUUGGGAAUUAUAUUAAAAACAAAGAGAACCAGUUAGAGUUAUUGAAGCUCAUGAAAGUAUAAUUUAAUAAAUUAUUUAUGAUAGAUAAAACUAGCUAAUUGCUACAGCAUCUAGAGAUUCAACUGUAAAAAUAUGGAAUUCUUUGAGUUUUGAACUAAUCAAGCUGCUCAAAGAAGAUAUGGAUGUUUACACUGUUUGUUUUAUUUAAGAAUAAGAAUUUUAAGAUUAAAAGCUGCAAGUAUAAUAAGAAUAAUUUAAGAAUUAAGGACUAUCAACUCAAGUUAAAGACCAAGAAAAAUAUAUUUAAAAUAAAAAUAUUCGAAGUACCAGAAGAAACUCAUACAGUGGAACAGAGGGCUCUAUCUCUAUUAAUUAAUCUAACCAAAACACUCUUGAUGAUACUGAGAAGCAACAAAAAGAAUAAAAUUAAAUACAAAAUAAUAGGUAAACACCUAAGAGAAAGUCAAGAUAUCUUACUCCUAAACAUUAAACAAAAUUAGGGAAUGAAUAUUUUUACGAUUCUGAGGAUUUAAAAAGAUAAAAUGAUUCAUAAAAUAAUUCUCGUUAAAAUAUAUUGUCUGAUCAAUAAUAAUUUUAGUAAUAGCAGCUUUAAGAUGAAUAAAAAUAAAGUUAAAAAGAUUUAUAAUAACAAAGUUAAAAUAGUAAUUCUAUAACCAAUUAAAAAGGUGAUGUAAUAAAAUUAGCUGUAGGUUUAUGGAGUGGAGGACAAAAAGAUGAAGGAAGUAUGCAUAUUUGGAUACUUCAGGAAAAAGAAAAUAGAAAAUUUAAAGUUCAAGGAAUAGAUAAUGGAGUGACCCAUAUAAUUUAAGAUUUAGAAAAAGAAAAGUUAAUUUCAUGUCAUAUAGAUGGAAAAAUUAGAAUUUUUAAUAAAAUAGUUUGA